CUCACUCAAAAAACCCCGAACAAAAACCCUAACGGCCACCGGAGCUCCGAAAAUGCCGGGUAUGAAUUCAAAUUCCAGCGACGGAUUAGUUAACGGCGGAGAACUGAUUCCGUUUUCUACGGAGAAAAAAUCACCGGUGGUGUAUCCUCUUCGCUACGGCCUCAAGUCUCGUGCUCACAAACUCUCAAUCUCCUGGGGAUGCGGAAACAACCUACGCGUCACGGUUUUACAGAAUCCAGAGUCACACGACGGAGGAGAAGCUGGUGGAGAGGUUGUAAACGUGAGGCUUAGCGGCGGGGAAGACGGCGAGAUCGGAGACGCGCAGUGGCGAAGGAUCGCGUAUGGAUCUGUUUCCCCGUUUGCGCUUUUGCAGAGCAGGAGGAACUCGAUUUCGAGUUUGUUUAAGAUGGAUAUGAGUCCUCCUUCUCUGUACCAGAAUGAGUGGUGGGAGUAUGUGAUGGAAUAUAGUAAGGAGAUUAAAUCUCUUCUUAGUGAUUCAGUGUCUUCUCCUGCUCCUUUGAUUGAAGAUCCUAAAACUGUUAUUAAGAGUGCUGAGGAGCCGAGUUCUUUGAAGGCUGCGUGGGAGUUGAUGGAGAUAUUUUAUGCUGACAAGACGUGUCUGUCUUGGUUGCCAGAACGGAUCGUUGAUUGGCUAUCUGAUUAUGAUGUACUUCUUUCAAGCUCGCAUCCAACUAUCUACUCAAAGCUCGAGGAUUUCCAAAAGGAGCUUGUUGGCCUGCAGUCUAUCGAGGAUGAUCCAAGAUACUGGGAAGUGAUGUCAUCUGCUUUAUCAGUUGGUUGGCUAGAAAUAGUGGUGAAGUUGUUACACUUGCAUGGUUCUUAUCAACUAGACCAGCUAGGAAGUCGUGAGACAGAAAAUGGUCUGGUAGAAGCGGUUGCUGUUCUCGUUUCAAAAAUGCCACGGAUGCGUCCAACACUAGAAGCCGGGAUGUUUGGUGAAUGCUUUGCAGCAAAGCCUGACUUUAUGAAGACACGAGAAAGAUGGCAGUCGCAGAUAACUAAACUAGAGUGCAGUGCAUUCUGGGUUCAGUGUGCUCACCAUCCGACUCGCGAGGGCUUGAGAAAUAUGUUGAAGAUCAUGAUGGGGAAUGCCGAUUGCCUUUCAGCUGCGACAUCUAACUGGAUGGAGCUUUUCGUUUCGCAUUUUCUCUAUCUCAGGCCAUUCACGAAGGGACUAGAAGGCAUGCAUAAUCUUGCUCAGAAAUGUGUUCAGUCAAAGCCAGUUAACAUUUCCCAUAAGCUUCUUAGACUUCUUAUUGGAAUACUUGGGGAGAAUACUGAGGUUGUGCUGGCAGUUUGUUCCAAAGAGUUUGGCUCCUGGAUGGUUGCACAUGCGAUGGAGUUAUUGACAGCUGGAAGCGAAGAAGGAGAAGUUCUUGUACAUGAGGAGCAAAGAAACUUGGGUGGAAUCAACAUGGAAGAGCUCCAUAGACUUGUUUAUGCUCAAGUUCUUUCUUCUCAUGCUUUGACUUGGCAGAUAGCUCCUGUUUAUCUAUCAUCCUGCGAGAAACAGGGCCUAGGCUUAUUAGAAUUGUUGUUCUAUAGGCAGCCAGUUCAAGACAAUCAGUUGCUUAUUAAGAGUCUAGAGAUUUGCCGGCUAUAUGAACUUAGUAACGUCAGCGCUAAACUUAUGAAGAUCUCUGGAGUGCAUCACUGGAAACAUGGGAGGAAAGGGUCUGGGAUUUUUUGGCUUCAACAAGCCCGGGACGAGCACUGUCUCAAAGUGAUUUCUCAGCAGCUGUUUGAUUCUGUUGGAAAGUCAUUGUCUGACGAAAGUCUCAAGCAAUGGGAAGGCCUGGUCGAACUGCUGGGUUCCGACUCGCAGUUCUCUGGUGGUCUUGAUUUUCUUCACAAGUAUAGAGAUUUCAAGAGAUCAUUGAAGCUAGUCAAUGAUGGAAAAGCUAUAGAUGCGGCUCACGAAGCUGUGGAGAGACUUGUCUCGCUAAUGAAGAGCCCCUCUACUCCUCAACGCUUCUGGCUUCCUCUGCUGCAUGAUUCAUUGAAGCUGUUGAAUUGGCCAGAGCGUUCGCUAUUGAAUGUAGCACAGACCAACCUUAUGCUGAACAAACUACAGGAAGCAUCAAUGGCGAGGAUAAGACCAGGCUUCAUAGAAUCUGAUUUGUCUGCUCAAGCUGUGGGGUCUGUGAGACUUGCCCUAGCAACCAAUCUCGGACGUGCUUUUCUAGAGGAAUGUUAGCGGUGCUUUUCCAGUUUUUUGCGUCUUUCACUUUGUAUGACGUUUAACUCUUGUAAUUUCAUAUCAAAUAGACUCUAAAGUCUACACACACUGGUUGAAACCGGUAUCCUAUUGUAAACUGAUUUUGUGAGCGUAUUA